GCGGCAACGCGAUCGAACUGACCAUUCCCACUAAGACACCCGAGAGAGUCGCGGCCGUCGACCCAUCCACAUCACAUGCGGCGCAAACCGGAGACCGGUGGACCGCUACACGACACUCCACCGCACAAUGGACGGAGCCGUGCAUCUCAGUACGAAGCGCCGCGCUCGGACGUUGGGCUGGAAGGACGACGACGCCACUCGAUCGAAGUGAGUGUCAAGCAGCCUCCAGCUUCGCAGUGGUCAAAGGGAAGCGGCGGCUUCUUUUCAGGACUCUUUCAAAAAAAGCCAAGGAAGAUGUCAACUGGUCAAGUGUUUUCCAUGUUUCGCAAGCCGCCGCGACCGUCAUUUGAAGAGAUUUCACCGCGGAGCUCGUUGGUAUUCGCGGACAGACUGCCCGUAGAAUCCCUGGCAUUGACGUCGGACACCCAAAAGUUUUGUCAAGUGGAAACCUCCAACGAAACCAGUCGCAAUUUGCAGCAGGACGACUUGCUGCACCGUCACCACGUAAUUCUCGGUAGCAGUCGUCGGCAAUCAGGGGACCGCGCGCGGACAAAAGGUCCAGAAGCUGAGCCAUCCCCUGUGGAGGCACCUAUACAAAGGGCUCCAUGGCCAAAAGUCAAGUCGUCACAUGGCACGAAUAGCAACCGCCCACGCAGCCAGCACAUCAUGUCGUCGUCGUCGCAGCCGCAUGACUCAUCUGCGCCGCCGACGUCGAUGCCAUCCGUCAGCGAGACCAACGAGACUCCAAAGCCAACUUCAAACAGCCCUUCCCUAAUUCAGGAACCGACUGGAAUCAAAGCCAGGUUCAGCACCGCUCAGAGCCCAACACCUCACAGCAUGAAGCUUCAGUCCGUUUUACAAAAGUAUGGAGGAUUUGCCUCGAACCCAUCCCUCGGCCAUACUCCCCCGCACAGUCAAACGACCGAAGCGGUAGGAGCGGCAAGCGAGAGACCACCGCAAUACAGUCAGCCGGGAGAUGGCCAAGCCACGGAGGUCCCGCAGAGACGGCCGUUUGUGCCACCUCGGGAAGCUGUUUUGUUCGGAACGUUUGACGUGGACAGCGAAGCAGACUCGAACUCGACGGCGGAUGUCUCGCCGCUGAACAAUUCAAAGGCUGUCAAUGUGAACCAUCCUCGAACGUUGCGCGAACGAUCUCACAGCGAGGCAAACCACCACGGCUUGGACAGCACGAUUCCCCUCGCGUCGACGUACGAGUUCGAGGAGCCACGGUCCAGUGCGUGGAUGGACGCAAUGACGUCAGAGACCAGCGAUGGCUUUGGCGACAACGACAGCGAUAUCAUGCCCACCACCAACCAAGCAGACAAGGCUGAGAAAGUGGCGGCGACCCGUUUCGACCACGAGCGACCGUCCAACUCGAGCGUCGACGAAGACGACGAUGGGUUCGACAUGGACAAUACCAACUACGCCGUCAAGCGAUUCCAGCAUCACCGCGCUGUCGACGACUCGUUCGCGUCGUCGAUUCCGAUCGCAGAGUCAGUGGACGGGUCGUCGUUCUAUAGCACCACCAUGUACGACCCUCCUUGCUCGCCACGGCGGGCGCACAGUGGCUACGAUGACGCCCACGAUGACGGCGACUUUCCGUCCAUGGGCGCCGUUUACAACACCCGCCAGACGUUUUCUCCCCAACUGCCCCAGCAAAACCUUUCCUCGUCUCCAACACCGUACGCCCCGAUCGUGCUGGACAGCUCUUUCGAUUCCAACGACGACACAUUGACGUUCGAUCGACUGCAGGAGCACGACCUGCGAACUCUCGCCCUGGGCAGACCCAAGUCGCCAUCCCGCGAUCCCAACGGAUCGACCUCCGUGGAAGCUGAGCAUCGUCCGACUGUUGUUUUGUCCGCGGACAAUCUGCGGGCCCACGAUGUCUUGAUGUCCCGUUCGUCCCGUGGUGCCAACCUACCCGACCAAAAGUCUCGAAGUGCGUCCAAAAGUACCGCCAUCGACAAUCCACGGGACAUGCCAUCGCAUCACUCGCCAACAGUGCCCUUUCCAACUCCUCCACCAGUUCGACUUGAGCCAGCAGUUCACGAUCGUGCCCCUUCAGCUAGGAGCAUGUCCGAUCCUAGUGGCCAGCACUGGCCACCCCCAACCAACUUGCAGCACGACAGCUCGGAUGACUCGGAAGUCUCGUCGAUGGACUCUCCCGCGCACUCCAUUGACCUUGACAGCGUCUACGAAACCCAGCAGCUUGGACCAUCUCUUCGAAGUGGUCCGAGGACUAACAUCGUCUUGCCUCCGUCGACCCGCAAGGACCUGUACAUGCGUCGCGAAUCCGCCGACCGCUCAAGCCACAAGGUCACGUGGUAUCCUGUUCGAAAGCUAGUGUACACCGCUGAGCACGACACGAUGGCAGCAGCGGCCCACGCCAUUUUGGAACGGGUGACGAGUCGCAAGAGAAUGUCCAAGGAAGCCCUCGAAGUCAAAUCGACCAUGCCCGAAUACCGCCUCGAUAAAGCCGACUGGAUGCUCGCUCGGAAGCGCCAGAGCGACGUCCAGUUGUUCACUAUUCCAGUCGUUGCCCGCAUCCCGAUGGACGUUUUGGUUUUGGACACCACCAACACGUCGAGCCAGAACAACAAGCGUACGAGUUGCGCCGGCUAUCUCAUGAAGCGUGGCGAAGUCAACGUCACGAUGCAGCGGCGGUACAUGAUCCUCCAAGACAACGAACUUGUGUACUACAAGACGAAUCCGGAACUGAACAAGGGCUGGUUUGGGAAGGAAAAGCCCCGCGGAUCGCUCCAUUUGGGCAACGUGUCGCUCGUCCGGCCGUACUUGAGCACUCUGACAAUCGAACUGGUCACGACCAAGCGAACGUGGGUGCUUCAGGCAGAGUCUGAGCGCGACUACAAAAUGUGGGCGCGGGCCAUUUGCCGGUCGGUGCCGUACGACGUCGUGGAUAUCGUCUUCCGCCGAAUGUUCCAGCUUGCCGAAGUGGACGCGUCCAGCGUGAACGAAGUGCGCCUCGUGACGCUGCCGUCGUAUACGGUGGUAGAGACUGUCGAGCACAUAUUCGUCAACUACAGUCAAAUGGCCGGCGCCGCGCCGCUCAAGCCGUACAACCCGUCCGAUUUUUUCCUCAAGGUGACGGGAUACCACGAUUACAUGGUGAAUCCGUCGUCGACAAUGGACCAGUACAUGCACAUCCAGGACUGCCUCUUCUCCAAGAAGACGCUGUGCCUGACCGUUCUCCAUCGCAACGUCAUCGUCGAGUCGAUUCAAGACGCCAUUCGAACAGACACGCGCCGGUUUAGCGCGGCGUCGUUUUCGCAAGUGCGAUCCCUCCCACACACGCCGGAACAAGUCAUUCCCAGCGGCUCGUAUUUGUUUCCUGUCCAGUUUACACUCGAGGAAGUCCAGUCGGUGAAUCCGCAAGGAAACACACACGUUGUGGUCAUGGCCGAGCUCGUGUACAACGGCGAGCGUUUGGAAAAGGUCGCCGACUCGGCCGAAGUGCACCUGUCAAAGCCGUCCAUGUCUGGCCAAAGCAAUGGCCGAUGGAGUCGGUCGAGAUGGUACAACUCGGCGCUCAACGUCAGUGCACUGCCCAAGGAAACGCGCCUUGUUCUGACCGUCUACGGCUUCCAAACGACUCAAAUUGAAAAGUGGACCCCCCUGGCGACCGCGGGCGUCAACAUUUUUGACGCGGACAAUCUGUUGAUUCACGGCGAUCUCGCGCUACCUCUUCUACACGACGUGCCGUCGUUGUACUCCGGCCCCCUCUCGCGCAUCGCACAACUCGACGACGGCGCGCCAUACAUUGUGAUUACGUUGGCGAUUCCCAAAAUUCCCGUGAAAUUUGACUGGACCACCCACACUGGCAUCGUCCGAGAGCCCAAUCGGUCUCUGGACCGAUGUGGAUGGCUUGCUGAACGCGCUUCAAACAGCUUGACUUGGACGGAAAAGUGGUGCCAGCUCAACCAUGCCAUUUGUUGCCUCGUUCUGGCCGCAGACAACAAGUCCGGCAGCCCCCACCAGUCCCUGCCUCUCGAUGGCGCACAGGUCGCCGUGACCGACACGCAGAAUCGAAGGCACACGACCAAGCUAACGCAAUCGACUCGUCGCGAACAGCAUACGUGGGCAUUCCAGCUCAUCCUCCAAGGCAACCCCAGGGUGUACGUGCUAGCAGCCCGGACGCGGCACGAGCGAGAUGCGUGGAUGAAAACGAUCGAGUUGGUGGCGUCCCGCACAGACUACGACUUGACGGACACUGCAUCGAAGGACGACCUCCGGACGAGCUUGAUCGGGCAGUUUGCCAAGCCCGUCGGGACAGCGCAGGCGAGUGCAGAACUCGGCGAAUUUGACUACCUCGUCCAGCUGAUUGACGAAAACCCACUGUAUCAACUAUGCGGCUACGAGAAAGCGAUUCUGUGGCGUCACCGACGCGCGUUUCUCGGUUCUUUUGAAGCGCUCCCGCGCAUGCUGACGUGCGUGAAUUGGCUCGAUCCUUGGCAAUCGGCCGAAAUGGUCGCGCUGCUCCCUUCCUGGACGACCCCCCGCCACUCGACGUCGUACAUUGCGUUGCUGGAAUGCGUUGACGCCCGCGUGCGCCAGUUCGUCGUGGACCAACUGACCAAUCUCACCGACACGUCGUUCCGGCAGCUUAUCCCGCAGCUGGUGCAAGCUCUCAAGAACGAGGCGCACCACACGUCGCCGUUGUCGGCACUGCUCAUCGAGCGGGCGAUCAAGGCUCCGAACCCGCUUGGACUGGACUUGUUUUGGGCUCUGAAAGUAGAAACGCACUUCCCCCAGCAUCGAGAGCGCUUUGGUCUGCUUCUCAAUGCGUAUGCUGACGUGUGUUCGGUCAAGACGCGAGCCAUGUUUGAGCUCCAAGACAAUUUAUUUGGCCAAGGAGGACGAUUGGAGGCGGUGUGCCGCGAAAUCAAGCGCGUCAAGGCAGCUGGGGCGUCCGAGAAGGACGUGCUGGCGUCUCUGCACACCCAGUUGAACCACGUCAACACAUGGCUCCCCACGACGUCGUACCAACUGCCCAUUGACUCGCGCAUCCAAGUUGGCAAACUUGUGGUGGCCAACUGCCGUGUGAUGAGCUCUGCCAAGCUCCCGCUCUGGCUCGAGUUUGAAAAUGCUGAACCGGGACAGCCUUCCGUGGCCGUGAUCUUCAAAAGCGGCGACGAUCUUCGACAGGACGCACUUGUCUUACAACUCAUCCGUGUGAUGGAUGACAUGUGGCGGGAAACGGGCAAGGACCUCGGGAUGGAGCCAUAUCGCUGUGUCGCCACCGGACCCAACACUGGGCUCGUCCAAGUCGUCCCGCACGCCGCGACGACCGCGGCGAUCCAGCGGCGGGGAAGCUCCAUGCGAGGCAUUUUAGGCGCAUUCAACCUCGAGUGUUUCUCGCAUUGGAUUGAGCAGCACAAUACGACACCCAAGGCGCUGAAGGCGGCGAAGGACUUGUUUCUGCGGUCCUGUGCGGGGUACUGUGUCGCCACACAUAUCCUCGGCAUUGGUGACCGCCACAACGACAACCUCAUGGUGACGCGGGGCGGGCGGUUCUUUCACAUUGACUUUGGCCACUUCCUCGGGUUCUUCAAGUACGUGCCGCUUCUCGGAAUCGUCACGAUCAAGCGCGAGCGCACGCCGUUUGUGUUUACGCCGCAAAUGUCGCACGUGUUUGGGGGCGAAAACUCGGCCGGGUUUGCCAAGUUUAUCAAGUCGGGCGCUGACGCAUUCAACGUCGUGCGGCGCCAUUUUCACGCAAUCAUCUCGCUCUUGCUCCUGAUGCUGCCCGCCCAGCUACCCGAGCUCCGAGACCGUGACGAUCUCCAUUAUGUUGUCGAUGCGAUUGCACCGGAGCUGAGUCCCCAGGAAGCAGCCGUCAUGUUUGACGACCUCGUCAGGCAGUGCCAUAGCUGCAAGUGGAAACAGUACGACAACGCCGCCCACCUGGCGUACCACGCAUAGGCCUAUCAUGCUAACUUAUCCCUUUCAUCGGAAUCGCG